UAAUAACUAGUAAUAAUAACUAUUAAUAACUAGAGAUAUCUAGCUAUUGCUAGUUAUUAAUGAAAACAUGGCUACUGUUAGGAAGGAUAUGGAAAAUUGACAAUGAGUGGGGGACUGUGUCCUAGUAAAAGCACCGUGUAUGUCAGUAAUCUUCCGUAUUGUCUCACCAAUAAUGACCUACACAAAAUAUUUGAAAAAUUUGGAAAAAUUGGAAAGGUUACCGUAGUCAAAGAUAAGGAGAAGAGAGAGAGUAGAGGUGUGGCUUUUAUUCUGUUCAUUGACAAGAUGGCCGCCGCAAGGGCAGUACAGAUAAUGAAUGACAGGGAAAUGUUUGGAAGAACUUUAAAGUGUAGCAUUGCUAAAGACAAUGGACGAGCACCUGAAUUUAUAAAAAGGAAAAUUUAUAAAGAUAAAUCAUUCUGCUAUGAGUGUCGAGAAGGAGGCCAUUUAAGUUACCAGUGUCCUAAGAAUGCGUUAGGUGAUCGGGAACAACCUCAAACUAAAAAGAGAAAAAGAAAACAAUCUGAACGUGACAAGAGUGCUACAGAAGAGGUUGUUGAUGAAUAUGAUGAUGAUGAUAUAUCUCUGGGUGAAGCUAUAAGAAUCUCUCAAGAAGAACGAGAGAUUGAACCACGCCCACAGACUGAUGAUAAACCACGCCCACUUUUAAGUGACCCAUUAACAAUAGAACAGCAGCCAGUGAUGACGAGUGACCUGAUACAUCAAUAUGGCCGCCAGCGAAAAACCCUUAAGAAAGAUUCUUAUUUCUCUGAUGAAGAUGCUAGCGACUAAUCCUUUCACCCCCCCCCUCUCUCUCUCAUUCUUUGUAUCUUCUCUUCAUUUGCAAAUUAUUUAAUGUUUUACAUAAUAAAAAUAUAACCACAUGACACCACAACACAUCAAAUAUUGUUCCAUAGAGAGACUACACUACUCAA